AUGUCCCCAUCCCCGACUGUUCUUGAGGCUCUUCAGUGGCCUACCACCACCCUCGAUGCUGCCGAAGCUCCGCCCGGACCUAAUACGAGGGUGCUCACGACUCUUGAAAUCUGCACAUGGGACAAUUGGUCAGACUUUACCUUUGAUAAUAUCAUGGCUAUUUUUGGAAACCAUUUGAAGAAGGACUAUCUCGGUCAGCGGGAGCCAGUGGCCAUGGAAAGAGACGUGGAGGUCUAUAAUGAAGAGUCCGUUGAUGGUGGGCUGCGCCGAUUCCCGUUCCCAGUUAUCAACAGCGCGUUGGGCUCCUCGACGGAGGUACAAGAAAACGCUCCCUACUAUGGCUACGGAACUAGAGUCAAGGGCAACAGAAUGAAACCUGACUGGUCCUGUACCUCGAAUCUGGCGAAAAAGGGUUCGGGGUACAUCAACCUCGUUCCCGGGGACACCAAAACUAGUGCCAAAUUCAACCCUGACAUGCUUAAAUCCAACUUUAAGGAAUGGAAGAAGGUCGUUACCCAGUUGGCUGCAUACGCUGACGGGCAUCGCGUCCGGUACGGCUUCAUUGUCACUGAUGUAUCGGUGAUUGUUCUCAGGUUUGUGCGUGAAGGCUCUGCGCCUGGCGUGGGCGCGAAUCUCCCCCGGCGGUCAACCAGAAACAAAAGGCCAACCAGAGACCCUACACCACAGUCGUCAAGCGAGGCAGAAAUCACGUCCAGCCAGUCUUCCUAUGGUCGGGGCCAGGACCUUCGUACCGAGUACAAGGCCAUUGACUGGAGUACACACGGACGCGGCAAGCUCACUGCCAAACUCGCUCUUUUCGCUCUGGCAAUGAUGUCUCUGCACGGGGAUAACUAUAUGGCUUGCGGCUAUCCCAAGAUAAACUCGUGGCGUGGUGGACCCGACGGGAUCAGGCACAAUACGUCUGGUGAAUUCCGCAUGAAGGAGGCACCGGGUUAUGAAAUGGACGAGCCCGAGGGUGAAGAUUUUGAAGAAGAAGAUGAGGAAUACGACAAGGAAGACGACAAGGAAGACGAUGAGGACGACGAGGAGGAAGACGAACCACAGAUUAGCGCAACGGUGUCCGUUAUUGGCGACACGGACCAUCUGGCUCUGGAUAUUACGAGGCUCAAGACCGUGAAGAAUGUUGAGUUUACAAAACGGAAAGGGGUCUGGUGCUACAAGGACUGCCGGGGAAAACUCGUGCCCUACAAGAAGGGGCAAUUUGAAUACGAUACGACUCUGAAGCGUUAUGUAAAACAUGGACGGCGGUAUAAAUACGUGGCCAAGAGUCUUCCAGACAUGUAA